UUGGUUCGAAGUUUGUCCGGAUCGACGAAUUCGGUAAGGAAUUCUGAUCAUUUUGAGACUAAAUUCGAUCUGGGAUACUGUAGAUUGAAUUCUGCACAUUUUGAAUAUAAAUAUGGCUUGGUAUACUGUAGAUUUUGGGUAAUUUCAACUAGACUGUAGUUUUAGGAAUUCAUUUCAGCCGGAUUUUAAGCCCAAACCCAUAUUUUUCCAGAUUUCCUCGAUUUCCGAUGAAAAACAGGAAAGUCUUGAAAUUCUUCAAUUCUGCUCUUCGUCUUCAAGUUCUUCAACAUCACAAAAUCCAUCAGAAUCUGCUGAAAAUGCUGCUGAAAAUCCCAUGGAUCCAUCUCAAGAUUCAGCUUCUUCUUCAUCUUCUUCCCAUCAAAUUCCGCAUCUUCUUCAGAAUAUUCCAAAGAAUAUCGACAAUUUUUCGAAAUGUUUGCAAAUUUGGCGUUGA